UGCACAGUGAAUGCCGCACUGUCGUCCGUCUCCUCUCUUGUGAUGCACAAUCCCGAGUCAAACUUUCAGCUAGCAUGCCUCACUUUCAUCCCGCCUGCGUCAUCACAUAACCACCCCCCACUGCACCUCGUAUACCGUUGUGUUGCACUCAUAAGAGGGCAUCGACUCCCAUUCCGGAAUCAAGCUCCACAGAUCCUCGGUUCGAAAUCGCCGGCGAAACUUUUGACCGGAUAACCCGCCAGGCGGAGUUUGUUAUCAGGCGCGCGGAUUCCGACCCCGAACCAGAGCAGAGAAUAAAAGUAAAAUAAAAUAGAAGUACCCCGCAGAGAACGCAUUACUUGGGACAAGGGAAAGAAAAAGUAAGCGCGGAGCCAAGCAUCCCAAGAUGACGGCCUCGAUGACCUCGAACCCCACCACGACGGCCGUCUCGGCGCCGGGCAAGGUGCUCCUCGCGGGCGGCUACCUGGUGCUGGACCGGGCCUACACGGGCCUCGUCUUCGGGCUCAGCGCCCGCAUCAACGUCGUGGCUGCCGAGAUCCACACCAUGCCCGGCGUGCACCUGACCGAGAUCGUCGUCGAGAGCCCGCAGUUCGUCGACGCCGUGUGGCGCUACGGCUUCCAUCUCGCACCCGAGGACGGUGGCAUCACCGUCACGCAGCUACACGUCGGCUCCAAGAUCAGCCCGAACCCUUUCGUAGAGACAACCCUCAGCUACGCCCUCACCUACAUCGCCAGCGUUAACAAGCAACGCCCCAAUCACGCCCUCACCUCGACCCGUCUCGUCAUCCUUGCCGACAACGACUACUACUCGUUGCCCACCGCCACAGCCGCUACCGCCACCCCCAUCGCCGGCAAGGGCUCCCGCUUUGCGCGGUACCCCUACACCAUCGGCGAGGCGCACAAGACGGGUCUCGGCUCCUCCGCCGCACUCGUGACCUCCCUUACCGCGGCCCUGCUGACGCACCAUCUCCCGACCGCGCUCUUCGACCUCACGUCGGAGGCGGGCAAGCACACGCUGCAUAACCUCGCUCAGGCGGCGCACUGCGCCGCGCAGGGCAAGGUCGGGUCCGGCUUCGACGUUGCCGCCGCCGUGUUCGGGAGCUGCCGGUACCGCCGCUUUUCACCGUCCCUGCUGUCUGACCUCGCGUCCCCUGGGGCGCCGGGCUUCGCGGACGCGCUCGUGAGGAAGGUCGACGAGGUUCUCGCGUGGGACGUAGAGGUCGACAAGGCCGGUGUCAGCCUGCCCGAGGGCGUGUGCCUGCGCAUGUGCGACGUUGACUGCGGGAGCCAGACGGUGGGCAUGGUGAAGAAGGUCCUCGAGUGGAGGAAGGGAAGCCCCGAGGCGUCCAAGACGCUCUGGGACGAGCUGCAGGCGCGGAACGAGGGCCUCGCCCGGGUGCUACGGGACGGGGAGAUCGACGGCGUCGGCGCGGCGUUCGGGGCCGUGAGGGAGCUGAUCCGCGCGAUGGGCGAGGGAAGCGGCGUGCCGAUCGAGCCGGCGUCGCAGACGGAGCUGCUGGACGCCCUGGCCAGCGUCGAGGGCGUGCUGGGCGGCGUUGUGCCCGGCGCUGGCGGCUUCGACGCGCUCGCGCUGGUGAUGCGGGACGACGAGGCGACCAGGCAGCGGGUCGAGGAGUUCCUCGAGGGCUGGAGCAAGGACAACGGCGGACGCGUACGGCUGUUGGGCGUCAGGGGGGAGAUGGAGGGAGCGAGGAAAGAGGAGCUCGGCGAGUAUGCUGGAUGGCUGUCUUGAUGGCGGCGGCGGCAGCGACUGCUCUAGCGAUGACUGAUGCGAGUACGUGGCUAUAUAUAUGCAGAACCAGAAGUUAAUAUAUACGCAAGACAAGAAGUACGUGAAGACGGGUUCAAGAAUGCAGUGGUCUUUCUGCUCAACAUAAACUGAGGUAAGAGGCGUGGAGCAUUCUCUAUGCUGCACACUUUCCACAGUUCUUGAGCGCUCCGGCAGUAAGCGCCGUCGAGGACCUGGUCAGCAUUUUUAGCUCGUAAUAAAAGGAACGCGGCCUGGUCGCUUCGACCUGGAAUUGGUCUGACCCGUAGUAGGACAUAGAAAGAGGGCAACAAUGCUGUUGGGCUCUGUAGAUGGAGACGUGGGGCGCGUUGUCUAUCAGUCAUAAGAUAUCAUAGUAUCCACAAAUUCAACAAUCAAAUGCGGCGGACAUAGCUCAGUUGGGAGAGCGUCAGACUGAAG